AAUUUAAUGUCCAUCUACAGUGGCUUUGCAACAAGACAGCAAGAAAGUACAUACAAUGAAUGCCUAUUCUACAUGUGUAUUCUUCUCACAUCGAAAGUUUCAGCAAAUUUGACAGGGAAGCAAUAUGAUGAUCUCCAGCUUGAGCUAAAAUUCACUAAAAUUUAUAAAUAGGAUAGCAGCUAUGGAGAAGAAUAAAUAUUUAGCACCCAAGUUUUCAAAAUGAUUUACAAAGCUAGCCAAUAUUUUUGGUGUUUCUGCCAAAUCUCAUAAAUAAAUUUAUGGUUCCAGAUCCUAAUUAUGACAAUUCUGAUAUGAAAUCCAUGUUUGAUGAUAUGCAUGAACUAGAAGCCUCUUCCGUCGUUCAGAGUCAUAAUGGCAAGCUAUUUUCUCAUUAAUAGGACACAAAAAUCAAGAAAUCAAGGUAGAUGAUGAGAUCAGAUCACAUAAAUCGAACAAAUUUGUUCCAAGACAGCCUGAAUAUAGCUCAAAUAAUCUAGCUGCUAAUAAAUAAAAGUGAGCCUAGACAUAAUAAAAUUAUGGGAACUCGAUCUAAACCGCUAAUGAGAGAUAACCUCUCUCCUAUCAGAAAACCAACAAAGGAAGAAAUCAAACAUUCCAAGCUAGCUAAGUCAAGAGAACAAAAUACCACAAUUGAUGAUAAAAUUAAUCAUGAUAAGAGUAGGAAAAAGUGGGUGAGAGAUAAAGGAGCCAGGACUACCAAGCAUCACACUAACAAAAUCCCAGAUAUUGAGGUGAGUGUAGUUAUGGCUCGAAGUAAUAAGAAGAGUCCUAAAUAAGCUCUAUAAGAGUGAGAAAUACGAUAGUGAUGGUUCUUCAAUUACCCGAGUAAUAUCCAAGAAACGAAAAAUAUUGAAUAAUAGCCAUACGAAAGCUAAACGAGCCAGUAACGAACUUAGACACCAUUUGAAUAAAAACAGCGUGGAAUACGACAAUUCAGCACAUACUAAGAACACAGGGAUCGAAAAAUACUACAAAAAUAAGCAAAAAUACCAGUCUAAGAGAAGAAUUGGAGGCAAUAGAUAA